AUGGCGUCUGCGCUCAACAAUCCUCCCCAAGAGGGUAGGGAUGGCUCCUCACCUACCGAAGGUCCACACCAUCCAAGCUCCUCGCAUUAUUUGACACCAGAGCAGGACGAAAAUAUUACAGACGUGCCGGCAGACUUCCGACCAACGACACGCUUCUGGCUUGCCGUCAUGACCCUGGCAGUGCUCACUCUCAUGGUGGCUUUAGAUGCCACUAUCAUCUCCGUUGCUCUCCCUAAAAUAGCAAUGAAGUUAAAGGGUACUGGAAUACAAGCAUUCUGGGCGGGGACGUCAUUCCUGCUUACUGCCACUGUUUUUCAACCCAGUUACGCCUCCUUCUCCCACAUCUUCGGUCGGAAACCACUUAUCCUACUUGCCAUCACCUUCUUUCUGGCAGGGAGCCUCAUAGGAGGUCUUGCCAACGACUUCACUCUGCUGCUCAUCGGUCGUUCACUACAGGGAGUGGGGGGUGGUGGCAUCACCGCAUUGACCGAGAUCAUCAUCACAGACCUUGUUCCUCUCCGUCUUCGGGGCCAGUGGUUUGGCAUAAUAUCUGCCAUGUGGAGCAUUGGUAGUGUAUCCGGACCCAUCAUAGGGGGAGCGUUCUCCCAGAACGUUUCGUGGCGUUGGAUCUUCUAUCUCAACCUUCCAUUCAUCGGGGUAGGCUAUGUCAUGGUGCCACUGUUUCUGAGAUUGAACUUUCUCCCAAGUUCUAUGGCAAGCAAACUCCGGCGUGUUGAUUAUGUUGGCACUGUUGUCUUCGUCGGCUCAACUACCUCGUUCCUUAUUCCCGUUACUUGGGGAGGAGUCAUGUAUAAUUGGUCCUCCUGGCGCACGCUCGUCCCACUUACCAUCGGCGUUGCUGGUUUGGCCGUCUUUGUCUUGUACGAGACAUACCUUGCAGUUGAGCCGCUUAUUCGACUAUCCAUUUUCCAAAGUCGAACCGCAUCGAUCGCGUACGCCACGAACGUUCUCCAUGGCAUGAUCUUGUGGUGCGUGCUCUACUACCUACCACUGUACUUCGAAGCGGUCAAAGGCUACACACCCAUUGUGGCAGGUCUAGCUCUCUUUCCUUCAAGCUUCACAGUGGCCCCCACCGCAGUCGUAAUCGGGUUGCUUAUUACCUGGACAGGGAAAUACCGAUGGUCUAUCAUCCUGGGUUGGACGCUGACCACACUUGGUAUUGGACUUCUCUACCUCUUCGAUGUCGACACAUCGACCGUCCAGUGGGUUUUCAUAAUGUUAGUCAGUGGGGUUGGGAUGGGAAUGCUGUUUCCGGCAAUGCAGUCCGCCCUUCAAGGCGCCUCCACGAACAAAGACCUUGCUUUUGCCGUGGCAAUGUUCAGCUUUUUCCGCAGCUUUGGCAAUACCCUAGGAGUAGCGAUCGGCGGUAGCAUCUUCCAAAACGAGAUGAGGAAGAGAUUGCUCGCGUCGCCACGCUGGGCUGACCAGGCUGUCAUGCUAGCCAAAGAUUCAGCAGCUUUGGUUCAGACGAUCAAAAUGAUGCCAGCUGGGACAGACAAAGAAGAUCUUCAAGUUGCUUAUGCUCAAUCAUUCAGGGCCAUUGCGGUUGUGCUUUGCGCGCUGGCUGGCGUGAGCUUAAUACUCUCACUGUUCAUCAAGAGCUAUGACCUCAAUCGAGCGCUAGAAACCGAACAAGGAUUCAUGAAUGAGAAGAAUAGCAAGGCUACAGCUGCGGAAGAGAGAAGACCGGAGCAGAAAAGUUCAGGUUGA